AUGCAUCUUACCUCGCUCAAUGUCCCGGCGCGCAGUGCCACACUCGGUGGCUGCUUCUCCUCAUCCAUUCGAGCCCCCUUCGCCGGUCCUACCGGCUCAACCGCGUUGUAUCAUGCGAUCUCCCAGGCUCGCUCCGCUAGUACUACAGCAGCUCAGACCAAGGCCUUCCAAACCAGUGUUGCCGCCUUGAAGACCACCACUCGGCCCCAGAUCCUUUCCUCUUCGACAAUCUACCGUACCGCCUCCCUGCGAGCCAACUCGACGAUCUCGGAAGCCUCUCGCCAGGAGGCCUCCAAAUUGGACUGGAACUCGUUCUUCAAGCUCCGCGCAUCGCGGCGGAGGUACUCGCUUGCCUCUUCGAUCAUCUCAUCUAUGGCAAGCACGGUCAUCGGUGUCCAGGUCCUCUCGGCGCAAGACUUGGAACACAUGGGGGCACAGGUGAUGGGCCUGGACCCCUUCGUUGUGCUGGGAAUGGCCACGGCCGCAUGUGGCGCCGCGGGUUGGCUGGUCGGCCCCUUCGUCGGCAAUGCGGUCUGGGGAUUGGUCUACCGGAGAUACAGUACAGCAGUUGCAGUGAAAGAGAAGGAGUUCUUUGACCGAAUCAAGCGGUUCCGUGUCGACCCUUCGUCGAACUCGAUCGCUAACCCUGUUCCCGAUUACUACGGAGAGAAGAUUGGAAGCGUUCAAGGAUACCGCCAAUGGUUGAAGGAUCAGAGGGCGUACAACCGCAAGAGACGCAGCUUCAUUCUCUAA